AUGUCAACAGAAAAAGAUAUCCGGGGGGAUGAUGAUGCGCAGUUGGCCGCCAUGGGCCAUAGGGCCGAAUUAAAACGCAAUUUCUCGAUGCUAUCGAUGUUAGGCCUUGCAUUCGCUAUUCUAAAUUCAUGGACCGCUUUAUCUGCCAGUUUGAAUCUGAGUCUUUCAUCUGGAGGCCCUGUUAGCGUCGUCUGGGGUUUGGUAACAGCAGGUGUCUGUAAUCUUGCCACCGCCGUUUCGCUUGCCGAGUUCUUGUCAGCAUAUCCUACAGCUGGUGGACAGUACCAUUGGGUCGCAGUUGCUUGGGAAAAAUGGAUGCCGAUAUUGUCUUGGAUUACCGGUUGGGCCAAUGUCUCCGGCUGGCUCGCUUUGACUGCCACCGGCGGGUUGUUGGGUAGUGAGCUUAUCCUCGGAGCCAUUACCAUAAUGCACCCGUCCUAUGAAUCCCAGCGUUGGCAUCAAUUUUUGAUUUACAUUGCGUAUAACGUCAUGGGUUUCUUGAUCAACUCACUUAUGAACAAUGGCCUGCCGCUUGUCACUAAGAGUGCUUUCAUCUGGUCUCUUUCUGGCUUUACCAUCAUCUGCAUAACUUUGCUUUCGUGCUCGUCGCCCGAUUUUAAUUCUGGAGAUUUCGUCUUUCGAGAGUUUCUCAACGAGACAGGCUGGCCGGAUGGAAUUGCUUGGUUACUUGGCCUACUUCAAGGAGGACUCGGUGUCACCGGAUUUGAUGGAGUCGCACAUAUGAUCGAAGAAAUCCCCAACCCGUCCGUGGUCGGCCCCAAGAUUAUGAUCGGAUGUGUCCUCAUCGGAACUGGAACCGGACUGAUAUUCUUGAUUGUUCUGCUUUUCGUUGCUGGUGACAUCCAGAAGGUCAUCGAUUCGGCCGCCGGACCUCUGGCGUAUAUCUUCAAGUAUGCCACGAACAACAACGCUGGAGCCAUCUGCCUUCUCAUGUUUCCCCUGGUUUGCAUGCUUUUUGCUACCACAACCAUCAUGGCAACGAGCAGCCGUAUGGUCUACGCAUUCGCAAGGGAUGGCGGUCUACCAGCUUCACCCUUUUUCAGCAAGGUUCACCCCAAGCUCAAGGUGCCUCUCAACGCCUUGUACCUGACAAACUUCCUUGUCAUUGUCUUCGGAUGCAUUUUCCUUGGAUCCUCUAGCGCCUUCAACGCUAUCGUUUCUUCGUCAGUGGUGAUGCUUGAUAUUGCAUACGGAAUUCCGAUUGCGAUCAAUUGCCUGCGUGGCCGAAACACGCUCCCUGAGCGACACUUUGUGCUCCCGAAUGUUGUCGGCUGGAUCGCCAACAUGAUUUCCCUAGCAUACAUCUCUCUCACUACCGUACUUUUCCUCUUCCCACCCGAGCUUCCUGUUACCGGUAGUAACAUGAACUACUGUGUUGCUGCUUUUGGUAUUAUCUUGAUUAUUUCAACAUUUCAGUGGUUUAUUGAUGGUCGCAAGAACUUCACCGGACCACGGGCAGAUGUGGAUGUUAUCGCAGGCGAAGUCGCUGGAGGCGAAUUCUAUGGUGAACACAAAGGUGGACAGGACGAGCAGCUUGAAGGACAACAAAGGAAGUAA